AUGGGCAGACUGUAAGUAGCAUCCCUUUCUCUUCAUCUACGGGUGUGUGUGUGUGUGUGUGUGUGUGUGUCACAAACUGGGAGGUUUUUCUGGCGGACACCUGAGUAUCAGGUUUGUCCCUGUCCCUCCCUUGACCUCCACCUUACACCCAUUAAGUAAAACAAAGAAAAAUAUAUACAUGGUCCUGUUUCCCAGCCAAGUUGAGUAACCCCUAUUGUACUGGCCAAGUCCCCAAUCCAUGUAGGUUGGAUCCACUCUGGUCCUUGAGAUGGCUACCUGUCUGGCACUCAGAGACCAGGAGGGCAGUGAUGAUCACCCCGGCAGAAGGGUUGCUGUGUACGUGGUCUCAUGCUUCAGGGAUGAUGGCUGCCCCUAGCCAUGUCCCAAGUGCCUUCUCUGGUCGCCAUCUUCCUUCUGAGCAGAAAAGAGUGUUUUAAGGCAGAUCAAAGAAAAGGUUUUGCCAAAGAACAAUCGCUAUGGAUGAAGAGGUAAAAGAAACAAUGGGCAAACGGGCACAAUAUAUCGGCCAUAGUAUAUAUUUAGAACAAUGCGAGAAACUCUGUCGCGAGGAUAUUCGCUUUACCACCUGCUAUACGAUAAAGGAAAAUUUGGUUAAAAUGUUUUACAGGUGAUAUUUAACAUCAGUUAAACUCGCCAAAAUUUAUAAAUUCAAAUCCAACCUUUGUUGGAAAUGUAACAAAGAACCUGGAAUGAUAAUUCAUAUGUGGUGGGGUUGCAAGGAAAUAAAGAAGUUUUGGGGAAUAAUACAUGAGGAACUUAAGAAAAUGCUAAACAAACCCUUGAUAAAAAAAUCCCAAAGCUUAUCUGUUCGGGUUGGUGGGCAAAGCGAAUAUCCUCACGACAGAGUUUCUACCAUUGUUCUAAAUAUAUAGUAUGGCCGAUAUCUUGUGCCCAUUUGACCAUUAUUUCUUUUACCUCCUCAUCAAAUCAUAGUCUAAUAAUAGAGUGUAAAUUUUUGAUAAUAAUUUCCUAUUGUUUCGUAAUAUAAUGGUGCUAAAUAGCAAUUGUUCUUUGGCAAAACCUUUUCUUUGAUCUGCCUUAAACACACUUUUUAAUUGUAUAUAUUGCCAAUUAUCCAUCCCAUAUUGUUUUAAUUCUUCGUAUGUUUUUAAUUUUAACUUUCCUUGGUCUUCUUCCAGUAUUUGUCUAGAUGUUGCCCAGUUCGGAUUCAUAUUGUGUUGUUUAACUGCAUGGGCUUCUAAUGGAGAGAUCCAUAAAGGGAUUUGUGGCUCUAAUAGCUGUUUAUUCCAAAACUGUAAAACUUUAAAGUUUAUUCUAAACUUUAAACAAUGAAUUUCUGAGUAUAUGAUUUUUGAAGCCAUUAUGUACCUUAAUCUUCUCGUAUGCUAGGUAGGCGUGCCAUCCAUAUCUACUGUCAAAACUUUCUAGAUUUAAAAUACUAGUGUUUUCCAAUAUAAUCCAUUCUUUUAGCCACACCAGACAUUCUGCUUUAUAAUAUAAUUUUAGAUUUUGUAAUGCCAGUCGUCCUCUCUCCCUUUUAUCUGUUAAUAGUUUAUACCUUAUGCAUAGUUUUUUGGUUUGCCAUAUGAAUUUUGUUAGAUCUUUUCUCCAUUCAUCAAAACAAUUUCCUUUCAUUAUUAUUGGUAUUGUUUGGAACAAAUAUAUCAUUUUGGGCAAAACAUUCAUCUUAAUUAUAGAUAUUCUCCCCAUUAAUGUCAGCUUUAAUCUACUCCAUGUUUCUAGAUCUCUUCUAUUUUCCUUCCAGGCUUUUUCAUAAUUGUUUCCAAAUAGAUUAAUAUUUUUCAUUGUCAAUUCUAUACCAAAAUAUUUUGCUUUUGUAACAAUUUCCAAACUCAAUUUCUCCUGUAGUUCGCUCUUUUCUAAUUCCUGUAUGUUUUUUACCAUAAGUUUUGUUUCUGAUUAUUUAUCUUGAAGCCUGCUACUUUCCCGAACUCAUUCAUUAUCCUCAAUGCUUUCAUUAGACUGGUUUCUGGCUCCUCAGGUGCUAAUAUAAUAUUGUACGCAAAAUUUUGAAAACAUCCUAGCCUCAUGUAAUUCCCUUUAUCUCUUUUUCUUUCUUUCUUUCUAAAAUCAGGAUUUCCAAAGUUAGUAUAAAAAGUAACAGUGAAAGCGGGCAUCCUUGCCUGGUACCUUUCUCUAUAUUUCAAGGAUCCGUCUUUUCUUUUCUUUUUCUUUUUUGUAAUAUUUUUUAUUAGUUUUAGCAUACAAAAAUUUUAAGACAUACCACACAAAUUAUUAUACAUAUAUCCUUAUUUGGACUUCCUUCAGCAUCUCUGAUAGCCUUCCGUCUUAAUUAUUUCUCCUGCAAUUCUUAACUUAAUAUUGCCUUUACAUUUUCUAACAAAUCAUUUCUUCCUUUCCCUUUUUACAAUAUUUCUUAAAUUACUCCUCACAGAGCUUCUUGUAGUCCUACAAACGUAAUUUGAUCAUCGCAAAUACUUUUCAGAUACUCAGUAAAUUUAGUCCAGUCUUUGGUAAACCUCUGGUCUCGCUGGUCUCGGAUCCUUCCUGUUAGCUUGUCUAAUUCUGCGUAGUCCAUCAAUUUCAUCCUCCAUUCUUCUAAUGUUGGUAAUUCUUCUUGCUUCCAUUUUUGAGCCAAUAAUAUUCUUGCUGCUGUUACUGCAUAUAAAAACAACUUACAGUCUUUCCUUUUUAUAUCAUUUCCAACAAUACCUAAAAUAAAUGCUUCUGGCUUUUUAAUAAAAGUAUAUUUCAACAUUUUUUAAAACUCAUUAUAUAUCAUCUCCCAGAAGCGUUUCACCUUUUUACAUUCCCACCACAUAUGAUAAAAUAAUCCUCCUUUUUCUUUACAUUUCCAACAUUUAUUGCUGACUUUAUACAUUUUUGCUAACUUAACUGGCGUGAUGUACCAUCUAUACAUCAUCUUCAUCAUGUUUUCUUUCAAUGCAUUACAUGCAGUAAAUCUCAAACCUUCUUUCCAUAAUUUGACCCACUCACUUAAUAGAAUAUUAUAUCCUAGAUCUUUUGCCCAAUGAAUCAUCACUUAUUUUACCUCCUCGUCCUUCAAGUGCCACUCCAGCAGUAGUUUAUACAUUUUUGACAGAAUUUUAAAAUCGUUAUUUACGGUAAUAUUUCUUGUUGAAACCUCGAUUCCUUUUCACAGAAACCAUUUUCUUUGAUAUCUUGUUUAAACACUUUCAUUCACCUGAUAAUAGUGUAACCAAUCAUUAACAUACUGUUUCACUUCUUCAUAUGGCUUCAAUCUCCAUUUCCCUCCUUCUUUAAUUACUAAUUCCUCAUAUGUUAUCCACCUCCCACUCAUAUUAACCUUUUUUACACACAUCAUUUCUAAUGGAGACAACCAAUGCGGUGUUUUUUGUUCCAAUAGAUUUUUAUACUUAUCCCAGAUUUUGAUAAGAGAUCUUCGAAAUAUGUGGUUUCCAAAUCCUUUAUGAACCUUUUUCUUAUCAUACCACAAAUAUGCAUGCCAACCAAAUCUAAUAUCAUGACCUUCUAAAUCCAACAGUUCUGUAUUCUCAAAUUUCAUCCACUCCUUCAACCAACAGAGGCAAGAUGCUUCAUAAUAUAAUUUCAAGUCCUUUCUCUAUAUUUCAAGGAUCCGUCUUUUCACCAUUUAUUAUUAAACAUCCCUGUUGGUUUUCAUAUAUUGUGUUUAUUGCUCUGCAGUAGUUUUCACCCAGUCCUACUGCUUCUGCUACUUCCUGAAGGAACAAUCUUGAUAGGUUAUCGAAAGCCUUCUCGGCAACUGUUAACAUAAACGCCGCUUUUUUGUUGGGUCUCAUUUCCAAAUAUUCAAUUAGAUCAAUUACUAUUCUCAUAUUUGCUUUUAUAUGCCUAUUUGGGAGGAAUCCUACUUGGUCUUGGUCUAUUACAUCUUUUAGGACCGAUUUCAGCCUAUUUGCUAAUAUCCCCGCGAACAAUUUAUAAUCAUUAUUUAAUAAUGAUAUGGGUCUGUAAUUGUUAACUCAUUCUCUACCUGUGCUUUGUUUGUGAAUUAAUACAAUAUUGGCUUCUUGCCACGACUUUGGUAUUUUUCCUUCUUGCAUGAUCUCGUUCAUUAAUUUUUUAAAAGGCAUUGUUAUAGCAUCUUCUAACCUUUGGUAGUGUAUCGCGGAUAGUCCAUCUGCACCUGGAGCCUUCCCCAGUUUAAGAUUGGAAAUUGCUUGUUGUAUCUCCAUUGUUGUUACUGGUGCGUUUAGCUGCUUCCGUUUGUUUUCACCUAUUUUUAGGAUUUGUUUUCCUUGAAGAUAUUUUAUAAUUUGUUGUCGAGUUUCUGCACCUUUUUUAUAUAGAUUGGUGAAGCAUUUUACAAAGCAUUUAUUUAUUCCUUCUUCUGUCUCCACUGCUUUUCCUUCAUAUACUACUUUGUUUAUUUGUCUUUCUCUUUCUCUUUUCUUUAUCUGCCACGCAAGUAAUUUACCUGGUCUGUUUCCAAAUUCAAAUGAUUUUUGUUCAUCCAUUUUAUAUUUCUUUCUGUUUCAUCAUUUAAGAGCGUUGAGAGCUGUGUUUGUAAUAUUUUAAUGGUUUGGUUUGCAAUCUCGUUUUUUGGUGUUUUCGCUAAUAAUUUUUCUUGUUUGCCUAUUUCUUCUUGUAAAUGCUUGAUUUUAGCCUCUCUUAUUCUUUUUUGUAUUAUAUUUUGUUUAUAGAACAUGUUUUUAGAUUGGCCUUGAGAUAGUCUUUUUUUUUAAAAAAAAAUAGUAUUUAUUAAGGUUUUAAGUUUACAAAAAGGCAAAAGAAAAAACACCAAACAAUGACAAAACAACACAUCACAAUAAAAAAACAGAAAAAUAGAAACAAUUAAAAACAAAAGAAAAAACAAAUCGAGCCUUCCCAUAACUUAUCUUUCAUUUGCUUGUUUCCCUGACCUCCUCACACCUCCCUUUUUUGUAUUCUAAGUCAAUUAUCCAUUUCAGCAAAUCCUUUCCCUCUCUUCAAAAUUUUUAUCCUGAAAAUUUAUCUUGAUCUUAAUAUAAGUUUACUUUCCCUCUUUUCACCAAUUAACAGUCUAUUUUUCUUAAAUCUUUGAUACAUUUUUGCUAAAGUCACAUAGAUUCAUUCCAACAUCAUUCUAACAUUCAUUAAUUUUACAAUGUUUCUGUAAAUAGUCUUUAAAUUUCUUCCAAUCUUCCUCCACCGACUCUUCUCCCUGGUCUCGGAUUCUGCCAGUCAUUUCCGCCAGUUCCAUAUAGUCCAUCACUUUCAUCUGCCAUUCUUCCAGAGUAGGUAGAUCUUGUGUCUUCCAAUACUUUGCAAUGAGUAUUCUUGCUGCUGUUGUGGCAUACAUAAAGAAAGUUCUGUCCUUCUUUGGCACCAAUUGGCCGACUAUGCCCAGGAGAAAGGCCUCUGGUUUCUUCAGAAAGGUAUAUUUAAAUACCUUUUUCAUUUCGUUAUAGAUCAUCUCCCAGAAAGCCUUAAUCCUUGGGCAUGUCCACCAAAGGUGAGCCCUUGAGAUAGUCUUUAAACCUCUUUUGUUGGCCACCAGCAUUACGCCUUCCAUUUUUAAGUUUGGAAUAGAAUCGUUGCUUUGGAAGACGAUCAUCAGGCAUCCGAACCACAUGACCAGUCCAACGAAGUUGGUGUUGAAGAAUCAUUGCUUCAACACUGGUGAUCUUUGCUUCUUCCAGGACACUGGUGUGGCGAUCACACAGGGCCCCCGUUUCAUGGUGUAUUGACCCUGUGCCACCACUGCGGUUGCUUUCUUCGCUGCCACCACCCCACUUCUCACAGGGACACAUGGAGUCCAGACAGUUGUUAGCAUAAACAAAUAAUCAAGUUUAUUUUUAAGUGCAGGAAUAAGCGUAUGGUUUCAGUUUAUUUUUCUCUUGUCAAUUUCUCAAAUCUUAGUUCCUACAACUUCAAACUGAAUUAUUCCCAACUAUCUAUCUAACUCCCUAACAAUUCCUCUCACUCUCCCACAAUACAACUCUACCAACCCACUGCCUAUUCCACCCUCUUCCUUCUCCAACACCCAAGCCUCAACUCCCAACUGACAAAAAUCAACUCCCAACUGACAAACGUCAACUGUCAACCCCCAGACCUCAACUGACUUUUCAAAACCUCCCACUCUAUCUUUUACUCCCCCCUUGCAUUCUCACUGGCCAAUCACAUCACAUCCAUUUUAACGCUUUCCUUGACCCAUCCUAGGAGGCAAAGACCACACUGGUAUUAUUUCGCCUGCCUUCCCAAGUGGUGUGUCACAUUUUUCAGAGACACCAUUGAUGGAAUCUUUCAAGGAGUUGGAGAUGGCAUUUAUAAGUGGUCCAUGUUUCACAAGUGUACAGUUGGGUUGGUAGUUCAAGAGCCUAGACUGAAACUUGAAGGACUAGUUUCAAUGGACCAAGAAUGCUUUUCAUGGCUGGUUCUGACUUUCCCCUUUUCCCAGUGCGAAUUCCUACUUGUAGAGCAGAGGCCACGGCUGGUUGGCAGCUGCAGUGCCUGUGUGCUUUGUUCUGUUGUUGUUGUCAGUGCUUUGUGCUGGAGGGCACUGUUUCGUGGCGCUCAUUGGUUGCUAUUGGAUAUUUGGGUAGUCUGAGCUGAUUGGUUGAGCGCCUUGUGAGCGAAAGGCUCAGCCUUCAUUAGGGCAAAUGUUCUACCCUUAUUUAUGGCAGCCUUUGGAGUAGAAAAAGGAAAGGACUGUGUCAGGAUGUCUUUUGUGGGGACAUUUGCAGACGUGAAGGUGUUGAUCUGGGGUACAGUCGGAGGGGGGUAUGGUGCCUGCUGGAGGGCGAAACCCCCCACCACCCUUUCCAAAAAUUCUGGUAACAAUGCUUCAUGAAAUUUAUACACUGCUUGACUGCAUGAAUGAGGGGGCCAGGCUCUCUGGGCCCUGACAUGGUGGUAGCUCUUGAACCCAGAGCACCUGGGACCUCCUUUCUCUCUCUGCCAGCCCUUCAUGCUUUGGGCAGCCUCUUUCAGGCUCUGAUGAUGCCCCUUCAGCUCACUGAACUGUAGAGAGAUGGAAAGAAUUGGUCAGAGUGGGCCGGCAAGGAUCAGUUAGGCUCCACAUACGUAUUUCUGUUCUGCCAAUUCUGCAGUGGUUCACUGUUUUCUCCAGACGCCCCUCCUCACACCCAAGAAUUGCGGCUGCUGGCAUCUGAGUCACUCUUUCUGCUCAUCUCUUCUAGGAUCAGGUGCUUAAGGCGCCUGUUCAGGCGCUGCCACAGGGUGGCCCCCCAGCCAGACACAGAGCAGCCCGUGGCGCCAGGUAAGCCAGUGGCCCUCCUUUUUUGGACAGAGGAGGGCAGGGAUGGGCAUGGGGGGCAACUAGUCCAAGGAUGCAAAAGAGGACUCACCUCUUCCCAUGUCCUUCUGUUUGCAGUUCUGCUGCGGUUCCACGUCCCAGCCCCAGGGGUGAGUAUUAGAGAAAACAAGAGCAGGGACUGGGUCCCUCAGACCUGCCCCCCGCUGUCCUCCGGGCUCUUUGCCCCCCACUCUGCACUCUCAGAUGUGGAGAAGUCCUCCCCUCACAAGGAACUGACAGCCUGACUUUUGCAUUUCAGCUGCUAGAGGAUGAACAGCGCUACAUCCUGGGGGUCAUCGAGAGCUGCCAGGCAGCUGAGCUCAGGGGGCUCCGAUCCCUGAAGUGCUCCAAGGAGGAGACGGCCCAAGCCAUUCUGGUGAGUGAUGGGGGGUGUGAGGGACCCCCGCAGAGAGGUGGGGGGAAGGGGCUGUUCAUCUGUGGGGAGGAGGACCCUGCCGGCUUAGGCCAUGGGGUUGCCAUUCCCCUGCAAAGCCAAGCCUGGUGUUUGGGGUGGGAGCUGAUUUUCCUCCUCUGUUCUCUUCCAGGACAUCUUGGGGCCCUUGGAGCACUCCAGGGAUCGGCCCCUGACCCUGGCCCUUGCCUUGGAGGCCCUCCUCCAGCUAAGGUGAGUGGGGUCUUUGGCGUGGAUGGGGUUGUGGGGGGGGCAGAACUCCAGGGGGAAAGAGCAGGCGGGAGGGAGAAAGGGGCAAGGGAGACUCUAACCCUCUCCCUUUCAUUUCUGCAGCACGAUGAGGCCCAAAUUCACCUCUGACAUGACCAGUGCCAUCCUGCACAGGAUGUUGGAGGCCGUGCUGUGUGGGGCCAAGGAGGAGGAGGAGGAGGAGAAGAGAGAAGUAUGUCACUUGUUUCGACUUCCCUUCACAGGCUCUUUCUUCCUCUUCGUCACACCCUUGCAGAAUCCAGCCCAGCAUUCAAACUCUCUUCUCUCUUUUCCCGCAGGAACUGAAGAGGCACUACCGGCUUCUGCUGGGCAGUCUUCUUAUGGAAGCACCCAACCCUGGCACCCUCCUCCACCUUCUCAGUGUAAGUGUCCCGAUGGCAUCAGGGGUGGUUUUUGGGUUGUCCCCCCCCCGUCCCUUACCCAAUGAACUGCCCCAUUUCUGGGGCACAGAGCCUGUUUGGCCCCCAAUUUGGUCCAAGACCAAAGCUGGCAACCCCUCAUGGUCCAGAAGUGCCAGGGACUCCGUGGUGGGGGCAGUGGGGGCUGCUUUGGCCCAGAUUGGCCCCUGACUCUGAAAUGCUCUUUCCUCCUGCAGGACCUCAGAGGAUACGCCCUGGGGGAAAGUGGGGAGGCUCAACAACUUGCGGCCAGCAGCAUCUCUUUGCUGCUGGCCAUUGCCCGGAAAUAUCCCAAACUCAGAGUAAGUACCUUGCCUUCUUCUAUUCAUUUCUUUGGUUACUUCCAUUCUCCCCCCCCCCCCGAUCACAUCCCCAAGUGAUCUUUUGCGCAGAUGAUGUGGGGUGUGUCCCUGGGGGCCAGGAUGAGGCAAGAAGCUUUUCCUGCCCCCUUUCCUGCUGCUGCCCUUCCACCUUUGCCCAGGAGGCUGCAGGGCCCAGGGAGGUCCUCUGGAACAAGGGACUGGGGCCAAGACAGAGGGAGACCCAUCCUUCCUGACUUGGCGCUGCUUCUGUGCUCUCUUGCUCUCAUCUGACCCCGAUUUUUCUUUCCUCUGCAGAUGACAGUCGUUCGGCCAGAACUGGCUUGCUUCCGCCGGAAGCCAAAAGAAGGUAAGCCCCACACCUUGGAGACAGCGCCGUUUGACUAAAGGCCUGUGGGAAAAUCUCAUUUUCAUUUGCAUUUGCAUUCUCUUCUCAUUCUCUUCCAUCCAGAUGACAUCAUCAUUGAGGAUAUAUAG